AUGAGUGGUCGAUUUUCUCGGUCCAUCUAUGUUGGUAACUUGCCCGGCGACAUAAGGGAACAUGAGAUUGAAGAUAUCUUUUACAAGUACGGCCGCAUAGUGGAUAUUGAGUUGAAGGUUCCACCUCGUCCUCCAUGUUAUUGCUUUGUUGAGUUUGAGCAUACUCGGGAUGCCGAAGAUGCAAUCAGGGGCCGUGAUGGCUACAACUUUGACGGCUGUCGUUUGAGGGUUGAGCUUGCCCAUGGUGGUCGAGGACAGUCUUCAGGUGAUCGUCGUGGUGGCUAUGGAGGUGGAGGUGGAGGUGGCGGCUAUGGUGGUGGAGGUGGAGGUGGAUCUGCCAGGUUUGGCGUCUCACGACACUCUGAAUUCCGAGUUAUUGUCCGUGGCCUCCCAUCAUCUGCUUCAUGGCAAGAUUUGAAGGAUCAUAUGCGGAAAGCCGGAGAUGUGUGCUUUGCUGAGGUCACUCGAGACAGUGAUGGAACUUAUGGUGUUGUCGACUACACUAAUUAUGAUGACAUGAAGUAUGCUAUAAGGAAGCUCGAUGAUACUGAGUUCAGAAACCCCUGGGCUAGAGGUUACAUUCGGGUUAGGAAAUACGAAAGCUCCCAAUCGAGAAGCCCAAGCAGAAGCAGAAGCCGAAGUCGUAGCAGAGGCCGUGGCCGCAGCCAUAGCCGUAGCCGCAGCCUUAGCAGAAGCAAGAGUCCAAGAAAGGAUUUGAGUAAAUCCCCAAGACGAUCCCUUUCCAGAUCGAUGUCAAAAUCAAGAUCCCCUUCUCCCGACAGGAAGAAUAGCCCCCCCAGGGCAAUGUCGAGGUCCAAGUCCAGGUCUAGGUCUCUGUCAAAAUCUCCUGCCAAGGUGCGCGAAGGCAGUGAGUGA